AUGAGUGCGGGAAAGGUUUCCAUUAUAAAUACCAUCUUAAUGUGCAUAAAAGAUCUCACACUUAGAAGCUGUUUUCCUGUCCUGAGUGCGGGAAAUGUUUUUCUAAUAAAGUCCCAUCUUUACACACAUCAAAGAUGUCUCACACAGGGGGAGAAGCAUUUUCCUGUCCUGACUGUGGGAAAUGUUUUCCUCAAAAGUCCAAUCUUUACAGACAUCAGAGAUGUCACACACAGAAGUCUAAUCUUUACACACAUCAGACAUCUCACACGGGGGAGAAGCUCUAUUCUUGUCCUGAGUGUGGGAAAUGUUUUUCACGGAAGUCCGAUCUUUACAUACAUCAGACAUCUCACACGGGGGAAAAGCCGUAUUCCUGUCCUGAGUGCGGGAAAUGUUUUUCACGGAAGUGCAAUCUUUACACACAUCAGAGAUCUCACACGGGGGAGAAGCCGUAUUCCUGUCCUGAGUGCGGGAAAUGUUUUUCACAGAAGUCCGUUCUUUACACACAUCAGAGAUCUCACACGGGGGAGAAGCCGUAUUCCUGUCCCGAGUGCCGGAAAUGUUUUUCACGGAAGUCCAAUCUUUACACACACCAGAGAUCUCACACACGGGAGAAGCCAUAUUCCUGUCCUGAGUGCGGGAAAUGUUUUUCACAGAAAUCCCAUCUUAUUGCACAUCAGAGAUGCCACACGGGGGAGAAGCCCGCAUUCCUGUCCUGAGUGCGGGAAAUGUUUUUCAACGAAGUCCAAUCUUUACAGACAUCAGCGAUCUCACACAGGGAAGAAGCCACUUUCCUGUCCUGAGUGA